AUGAUUCUUCUAGCCGUGCUGCGGCUGUACGUUCUCUACACCACCCCGCGCGCGCAGCAGCGGGCGGUUGCGCCCGGGUGGCGCGGGGAGCGGGGGAUCGUGGCGGCUGCCGCGCUGGCGCUGACGUGUGCGGUGGUCCCGCUGAUGCAGCUGAGCGCUCGCGUGUCACUGAGCUCUUUCUCUACAGACGCGGAUCUGCCGCCUUACGAGGUUUGCUCCUUGAUCCUGGCGUUCCUCGCCUGGGCGCUCACUGCAACGGCACUCUUCUGGGAGCGCAAGCGCAUGGCAGUGAAGGGCGCAUGGCUGCUGCGAUUCGCAGUGCUCUAUGUGAUGGUGGGGCAGCUGGCGAAGCUGCGAUUCGUGCUCAUACUCCAGCAGGACUUCCAGGCUUUCUUUGUGGAGCUUUUCUUUGGCUACACAUCAGCUCAUGUCCUCCUGGGUCUGCUCGCGCUCUUCUUCUUCCCCAACCUGCUCCCGCUUGAGCAUGCCUCGUCGGGAUUCUCCUCCUCCGCCCUCGCAGCCGCAGAGGCAGCAGCGCCACUCCUGCCACCUGCAGCAGCAGCAUCAGCGGCAGCAGGGGAAGGGGGGAGCGGUGGUGCGGAGUAUGUGCCUUUGGCUGCAGGGGAAACAGUGGAGGAGGAGGGAGGAGACAAUCAGGGGCAGGUGUGCCCUGAAGACCACACGAGUUUCAUUAACCGUCUGACGUUUGGGUGGAUGACGCCUCUCAUGGCUACAGGGUACCGCCGCCCGUUGGAAGACAGCGAUGUGUGGCGCCUCAACGACGGGGACCGCACUGCCACGGUGUAUGGCAGGUUUGAGUGCGCUUGGAGGGAGGAGAAGGGGCGCCCCAAGCCGUGGCUGCUGCGUGCCCUGCACUCCUGCUUUGGCCGCAGGUUCUGGUGGGGUGGUUUCUUCAAGAUCGGCAACGAUGCGUCUCAGUUUGUGGGCCCGCUGAUGCUCAGCCGCCUGCUGUCAGCCAUGCAGUCGGGCGAGCCUGCAUGGCACGGCUACAUCUAUGCCAGCAUCAUCUUUCUCGGGCUGGUGGGAGGGGUCAUCUGUGAGGCGCAGUACUUCCAGAAUGUCAUGCGGGUCGGCUUCCAGCUGCGACAAGCCAUGGUGGCAGCAGUGUUCAGCAAGUCGUUGCGUCUGAGUCACAGUGGGAGGCAGGGCUUCAGCACGGGGCGCAUCACCAACAUGAUGACCAACGACGCUGAGUCGCUGCAGAUGGUGUGUCAGCAGCUGCACGGCCUAUGGUCCGCGCCGAUGCGCAUCCUCGUCUGCAUCUUCUUGCUCUACCAGCAGCUGGGGGUGGCUUCGCUCCUGGGCCUGCUCAUGCUCCUUCUGAUGAUCCCCGCCCAGGCGGUGAUAGUGAACAGGGUGCAGAAGCUGGUGAAAGCCUCACUGCAGCGCAGCGACAAGCGAGUGGCGCUCAUGAGCGAGGUGCUGGCAGCCAUGGACGUCGUCAAGUCGUACACGUGGGAGGAGAGCUUUCAGGGCAAGGUGGCGCGGGUCCGAUCGGACGAGAUGGGGCAGAUCUCCAAGGCGCAAUACAUCAUGGCGAUCAACUUCCUGCUGAUGAGUGUGGUGCCGGUGCUGGUGACAGUGGUGUCGUUCGGCUGCUACUCGCUGCUGGGCCACCAGCUCACAGCCGCCAAGGCCUUCACCUCCAUCUCCCUCUUCGCUGUGCUGCGCUUCCCCCUUUACAUGUUCCCCAACCUCAUCACCCAGGUGGUGAACGUGAACGUGUCUCUCACGCGCCUGCAGGAGAUGCUACUGGCAGACGAAACAGACAUUGACGCCCCUGCGCCGCCCAUCGACCCCACCAAGCCGGCAGUCGAGGUAUGGCAUGCUGGGUGGUCAGGGCGGUACAGGGCGGGUCAGGGCGCCACAGGUACUGUGGUGUGUGGGUGCCAGAGCCGGGCAAGGCAAGUCGUCGCUGGGCAAGGCAAGUCGUCGCUGGUCAGUGCACUGCUGGGCGAGAUGCCCAUGGUGGCUGGGGACUCUCCUCCAAUCAUCAGAGGCCGCGUGGCUUAUGUCUCGCAGGUCUCCUGGAUCUUCAACGCCACAGUGCGCGAGAACAUUCUGUUCGGGCUGCCCUACGAGCGGCAGCGGUACGAGCGGGCAGUGAGAGUGAGCGCCCUGGAGAGAGACCUGCAGCUGCUGCCGGGGGGCGACCUGACGGAGAUAGGCGAGAGGGGCGUGAACGUGAGUGGGGGGCAGAAGCAGCGCAUCAGCAUCGCCAGAGCGGUCUAUUCUGAUGCCGAUGUGUUCUUCUUUGACGAUCCGCUCUCUGCCCUCGAUGCGCACGUCGCCAAGCAGGUGUACGACACGUGUGUGAGGACGGAGCUUGCCGGCCGCACGCGCAUCAUGGUCACAAACCAGCUGCACUUCCUACCAGCGGUGGACUGGGUGGUAAUGGUGGAGGGGGGGCGCAUAGCAGAGCAGGGGCCGUACGCGCAGCUCAAGGCGUCCGCUCCCAAGUUCCAGAGGCUGCUGGAGAAGGCAGGCGCGCUGGAGGAGCAUGGGGAGGAGGAGGUGGGAGGGGAGGGAGGGGAAACAGCCGGUGACGCAGGCAGUGGUGGAGAUGAGACAAGCGCUGAAGCGGCAGCGGCUGCUGCAACAGCCGGCAGCAGCAGUAGUGGUGGUGGCAACGACUCUGCUGCAGCAGCGAACGGUGAUUCUAGCAGCAGCAACGGGGUUGGGGAGAAGAGUGGAUCAGGAAAGGGGGAGAAAGGCGGAGCGGCAGGGGGAACGACUCUAGUGCAGACGGAAGAUAAGGCGCAGGGGGUGGUGAGUGCAGCGGUGGUGUGGCGGUAUGUGAAGGCCAUGGGGGGGUCGACCGUCCUUACGGUGCUCAUCUCGCUCUACGUGCUCGUGGAGGCAGCGAGGGUGCUGGCGAGCGUGUGGAUCAGCGUGUGGACCGGGAGUGUUUCACAGGAGGGUGAAGGGGGCCAUGGGUCGCUGUACUUCGUGGCGGGGUAUUCGCUCAUCUCGCUGGGGCAAGUGCUGCUCACCUUCGCCAACCAGUACUUCCUCGUGAGUUCCGGCCAGGCCAGGGGCGUGCUGGCGGUGCUCAUCUCGCUCUACGUGCUCGUGGAGGCAGCGAGGGUUCUGGCGAGCGUGUGGAUCAGCGUGUGGACCGGGUCCGUGUCUCCCGGUGGUGGGGGGGGACAAGGGUCGCUGUAUUUCGUGGUGGGGUAUUCGCUCAUCUCGCUAGGGCAGGUCCUUCUCACCUUCGCCAACCAGUAUUUCCUCGUGAGUGCCUUCGGUGUUCUCCUCCCAGAGAGCGGCUUGUCGUCUGCACGAUGCCAUGCUGGCGGCCAUUCUCCGCGUUUUGAGUCCACUCAAAACUCAAUACUCGUACCAUCCCACAUCUUCCUUCUUUCUCCUCUCCCUGGCGCCUUCCAGGUGUUUUCCUCCCAGAGAGCGGCUCGUCGCCUGCACGAUGCCAUGCUGGCGGCCAUUCUGCGAGCGCCCAUGUCCUUCUUUCACACCAACCCCGUGGGUCGUCUGAUCAACCGAUUCACGAAAGACACGUCAGACAUCGAUAAAAACCUCGCGCAGUACACGUCGCUGUGCCUGGGCGGCAUCUUCCAGCUGCUCUCCACCUUCGCCCUCAUCGGUGUUCUCAACACCGUCGCCCUCUGGGCCAUCGUGCCGCUGCUGCUGCUCUUCUAUAUCGUCUACCUUUAUUUCCAGAACACUGCACGAGAGGUCAAGCGCUGGGACUCCGUCACGCGCUCCCCUGUCUACUCCCAGUUCGCGGAGGCACUGAAUGGGCUGGCGACCAUAAGGGCGUACAGGGCAGCGGCGCGCAUGGCGGGGAUGAACGGGCGGGCGGUGGAUCGCAACACGCGCUUCACACUCGUCAGCAUGAGCGCCAACCGCUGGCUCGCCAUCCGCCUUGAAUUCCUGGGCGGCCUUAUGAUAUUCGCCACGGCGGUGUUUGCAGUGAUGGAUGUGCAGAGGGCAGGCGACCAGGCAGCACUGGCGCCAGUGAUGGGACUCAUUCUAUCGUACGCGCUGCAAAUCACAGCCAUGAUGACCAUGGUGCUGCGCCUGCUCUCCGUCGCUGAGAACUCGUUCAACGCGGUGGAGCGGGUGGGCAGUUACGCCGACAUCCCCGCCGAGGCGCCGGCCAUCAUUCCGAGCCACCGCCCGCCGCCCGGGUGGCCGCAGCAGGGGGAGGUGUUAUUUGAGGACGUGGUGAUGCGGUACAGGCCGGACCUGCCGCCCGUGCUGAGAGGGCUCAGUGCCCUGGUGCAAGGAGGAGAGAAGGUUGGAGUGGUGGGGCGCACUGGGGCAGGCAAGUCGUCCCUGUUCAACUCACUCUUCCGAUUGGCCGAGAUCGAGAGCGGGCGCAUCUGCAUCGACGGUCAGGAUCUGAAGCUGUUUGGAGUGACGGACGUGCGCCGUGCGCUCAUGAUCAUCCCCCAGACGCCCGUGCUCUUCACUGGCACAUUGCGGUUCAACCUGGAUCCGUUCAGCGAGCGCAGCGACGGUGAGGUGUGGGAGGCGCUGGGGAGGGCGCACCUGAGGGAGGUGGUAUCUCGCAUGCCGCUGGGGCUGGACACAGAGGUGGCCGAGGGAGGGGAGAACUUCAGUGUGGGGCAGCGGCAGCUGAUCAGCCUGGCGCGGGCGCUGCUGAAGGAGUCACGGAUUCUGGUGCUGGACGAAGCGACGGCAGCCGUUGAUGUGGGCACGGAUGCGCUGAUCCAACGGACGGUGCGCGAGGAGUUCAAGGGGCGAACCAUGCUGACCAUCGCUCACCGGCUGAACACCAUCAUGGAUAGCGACCGGAUCCUGGUCAUGGAUGCUGGCAUGGCCCUGGAGUACGACACGCCAGCCAACCUUGUGUUGAAUGAAAACAGCAUCUUCGCAGCAAUGGUGCGCAGCACGGGGCCUCAGACCGCCAAGUAUCUGCGCAGUGUGGCGCUGGGGGAGGUGGCGCUAGCAGACGAGCUUGCCGGCCGGGCGGCGGCGCAGGAGAAGCAGAUGGCGCGCGAGGCGGCCAAGUGGCGGUGGGCCACUGCCGCCCAGUGGGCGCUGGCUCUCACGCUCACGUCUUCCCAGAGAGACCUGCAGGCCAUGUGUAACGACAGCGAGGGGGAGGAGGGAGAGAGCAACGCACUUGUGGCCGUCACACAACCACCGACCUUCCAGAGAGGUGUGCUAGAAGAGACAAGGGAUGCCGCCCAGGUGCUGCAGGCAGUGCUGUCCGGGCAGCGCAGCGAGGAGAUCUCGUCAGCGCUGACGAGGCGACAGCUGUCGGAAGACAAGUGGUGGUCGGCUGUCAACCGAGUGGUGCAGGGGCUAGCCCUCAUGGCAAAACAGGUGCAGGCGAAGCUCGAGGCGGACGGCAGUCUGCGGGACUCCGCCAGCUCAGCAGGGGCGGCGGCGGGCGGCAGGUGGGCGCAGCUGGCGGCAACGGGGGAGGAGAUGGCGGGCGGCAGAGUGGUGUGA